UUUUGCCAGAAUUGACUUGUAACCAUGCAGGCUGCUUUAGUGCUUGCGAUCGUCUCCAGUGGGCUGCUCGGCGCCCUAGCUCAGAAACCACACCACUGCAAAUCACCUCCGUACCUCCAGGGAAAGUUAGCAGUAGACUUUCCAGAAGGGAAGACAGCGGUGUAUGAGAAGUUCUACUACGACGCUUUGGAAGAGCGGAUCCGUGUUGUUGCAGCUGGGAAAGAAGGCGAACAUGACGUGUUUUUGGAUCGACUUCUGCUUUUCAGAGAAAAAGUUUCCUUUGACAUCAUUUACCACAACAAAAGCUGCAUUAAGACUCCUCUCGAUGCUGCCUUCGUUCCCAUUGCGAUUCCCCUUGACGCCCAUCACAGGGCUCAGGUUGUCCUGGGAAGCCUGUCUGCCCCUGCGCAGGGCCUGCUGGUCAACAACUGGGUGGGAUCAGAUGAAAAGAUAAAAGCAAACUACUCCCUGACCUUUACGGAGUUCGGCUGCAUUCCCGUCGUUACCAUCUAUAAUGUGGAAGGCCUGGGUCAUUUUCUGUCAAGCUUCUUCGACAUGGUCGUUGGCAUCGAGGAUCCCUCUGUCUUCAUUCCUCCAGAAUUCUGUUUCUCUAAAGAUCUGGUGAAGCGGAAAGAUGCCGAGCUAACUAACUUCUUCACUGCUUUUCUAUAAGCAUAUAACUGUACAUUUCAUUCGGUUCCUUAACUCACCGAACCCGCUGUCAUUUUAGCUUAAAUUCGAAUAAAACGACCAGAAUGAUGUGAGAAAAUCAUGA